CCGAGCAGGACCAGAGGAGCUUCCAUUGCCAUUGGCAUUGCCAAGCCGGGGAGGCUUUGGGGAUGUUUGAGUCGGCAGCUCAGGACCCGGUUUGAGCGCAAUUGUUUGGAGGAAAACGAACCAGGAAAGAAGUGUGCGUGUGUGUGUUUGAGAGAGACAGAAGGAAACAAACAUAAAAUAAUAGAGGGGAGGGUUAGAGAAAGGAAAAUGGCGGCGAUGGAGUUGGAGGCAACUGAAGAAUGGAUCAGGGACAAGGCCCAACUGAGCAACCAGAGACUAGAUGAAGUGGAGUUUCUCUCACUGCAAGGAACCUACAGUGACAAAAUUGUCUCUCUUGGGCAUGCUUUUUUGAGCUUCAAGAAACUGAAGUCUCUGGAUUUGUCGAGAAAUUCCAUUGUCAGCCUGGAGGGUUUGGAAGGUUUGCAUUCGUUGGAAAAAUUAAACUUGUAUUAUAAUAAUGUGCCAUCUUCAAAGGAGAUUUCCAGCUUGCAUCAUUUAAUCAACUUGAAAGAACUUGACUUGCGUCUGAAUCCAGUUACCAGGAACGAGGAGAACUACAGACUGUAUGUAAUACACCUACUACCAAAUUUGAAGAAGUUGGAUGACAGACCUGUGCGGGACAGUGAGCGAAAAGCUGCUCAAAUUCAAUUCAGUUCAAGGGAGCAAAAAGAGACAUCAGACCUAGAUAUAGAAGAAGAGAGGAUCCAUGUAAAGAAGAACUUUGCAUAUGACAAAGAUGAGCAGAACUCUGUACGUUCAUCAGUGAAAUACAAGUGGGAUGCUACAUCAGAUCUUAAAACUGAGUUGAAGGAACGAUGGGCACCUCAUGACUUCCAGCAGAUGAGUGAGCGUCAAGAAUCUUUGUGCAGUCGGCCUCCAUUACCAUCUCUUUAUUCUACCAGGGACAUGAAGGAGGUGAGAGAAAAUGAAACAUCGAGCAAGAUGAGCAUAGACACUAUGGAGAUUGAACAAUCAAGAAGUGGACAAUAUCACAGUUAUCUCGAUGAAGACUUGAAAACAAAUAGUACAUUUGGAAGCAGAAAAAAUAGCCAUGUAGAUGAUGGUGCUAACAGUCAAAGAUCAAAAAUUACUUCUAGUGGCUUAUUACCACGUCAUGGAACUUCAUCUUUUGACCACUUACUCGAUCGGCAAAGUUUGAUAUCACCUGCCAGCUCUUUUACAUCCCUUUAUUCCAAUAGUUCAAAGAGGGGCUUUACGGAGCAUAUGAAUUUAGAAUUUACAGCCAACAAGAACUCAGAGAGAAGAUCGCAACUAACUACAGCCAAUGUGGAAAACUUUGAGUCUAAAUUAGAACCGAAGAAAACAAGCAGCUUAAGUUCACUAUCAUGCACGCAGCUGAGUUAUGAUAGAAAGCAAACAACUCUGGAUAAAUUACUUGAAGUAGAAGAAUGUGGCGAUUAUCGUCCUCGAACUCCAACUGGGCUCAGCUCUAGUGUCUCCACAAGUGUUUCCUCCCUCUUGCUGAAUCUACUUGAUCUAGUGGACCAAUAUUGGAAUGGUUCAAGAUCUCUUCAGUCAAACCAGAGGUUUCUUACUCCAGCUCAUGAAAUGCUGUCCAAUCUGGUUAACUCCGUGUCCAUACCAAAAGUUCAAAGCCUUGAGAAAAAGGUUAAAGCAUUGACUGAAGAAAACAAAUCUUUGCUGACCAGAACAGGCUUUGGCUUGGACACUGCAGAAUUGCAGCGUGUAAAGCAUCAAUUAACUCAGAAACAGGAUGAUCUGGAAAGUUUAAAAGGAAGGCUAGCAAAAGUCCUGGAUGAAAACAAUAAGCUGCGUUCUCAACUAACAAGUUUGGAACUUGUUAAUUGUGCUGGAAAUCAACUACAGAACAAGGACUUGCAGAAAGACAAUGAGAGACUAAAUUUGGAGGUGGAAUACCUGAAUCAGCAAAUUAAGCAAUACAACAAAUUACAAGAAACUGUCACAAUGUUACAGGAGAGCCACAGAUCUCUGGUAUCUACCAAUAAUUACCUACAGCAGCAGCUGAACAUAAAUGGUGCUGGUCAAAACAAUGACACAACGUAUUAUGGUUCUCACUGGACAAAAGCAUGGAGUAAACUCCCACCUUCAGGAAUCACAGAAUUGCCCUUGUCAUCCAAGCGUGGCCAUCACAGUAACUCAGAUAUACUGUAAUAAAAAUGCUGUAUAAUACAGUAACUAAAAUCAAAAUGCCUAAUUCUAAUUAAAUUAGUGUCUGUUGGAAAUUGUACAUGAGCUAAUCUUGUGUUUUUUUAGUCCAUGGAGUGCCUCAUUUAGACAAAAUUUGAAAUUGAUCUGUAAAAAAAAUGCUGUGUUCAUAAAUAUGCUCGACUACUUUGAAAUAAAUAAUCUGUACAGUAGUGGUAUUUUUGCAAGGGUAGCUUUGUAAUGCAUUGUUAUGGUUUGAAAUGAUCACAACUGAUGCAUUUAGUUUAUGAACUGUGCAUGUUCAAAACAUAAAAACUGGGUAGCAUUUUUAAAAAUUCAUAAUAGUGAAUGGCUUUCUUAUGCAAAAUCUCAAUAUUUUUAUUUCAGCUAAAUUUGUUGCUUGAGCUAUUUGUAACCAAUUUCAGUUACUUGCAACAAAAUGGAAAUGAAAGUAUAAUGAAAGCUGUGUCAUGU